AUGCUAAAGUCAUCCACCUUUCAUAAACAUCCCACGGUUUCGAUAUGCGCACUUCUCCUGUUGUGCUGCACCGCACAAGUCCGGGCCGAGUGCCAUGUAGCCAAGGACGGGCUUGAGUACGAUCUAUCGGGGCUAGACUCGAAGCACGACGUCUUUCAAACAAGAGACACCCCACCAACAACAUCGAAGGAUAUACUGUCAUUCAACCCUUGUCAAGCACUACCAUGGGAGGACGACGUCGCAGAUCAUGACCAGUGUCCUCGGGGAACAGCUGCAUGUCUAAAAACAAUCAAUACCAAAACUGUCGAAACGAACCCCGACCGCAUCGUAUCCGUCAUUCCCGUCGGCCAGAACCCAAGUGAUCCCACUAUAACCACCUUGAAGUCUGAGAAAGGUCUACAGAUGCAAUGGCAAGGCGCUUCAUACCCGAACGAAGACUCGAAACGCCAAUCCUUCACGCUGAAGCUCUUCUGUGAACCGGGUGCUCAGAACGGGCCGGAGUUCAAGUCUUAUGACGGAGAGACUGCUGUUGUAGAAUGGAGACACGAGCUAGCUUGCCCGUACAAGGCUGGUGAGGAGCCACCAUCACAUGAACCUCCCAGCGAAUCUGUGGGCAGCUCGCUUGGAUGGUUCUUCCUGGUAUUAUUAAUUGCUUUCGCUGCCUACUUUGGGUUGGGCGCUUACUAUAAUUACGCCACUUACGGCGCGACGGGCUAUGAUUUGAUUCCCCAUCGAGACUUCUGGCGAGAAGUCCCGUACAUGCUGCAAGACGUUGUAUCGCAUUUAUGCUCAUCUUUCCGGCCAAGACAUAGUUCGAGCAGGGGUGGAUAUAUAUCGGUUUAG